AUGCCUCCGCCUGCCGUUGCCCUUCCUCCUGACGCCCGUCGCACUCCGUCGCGCAACAGUCGCACGGCCAGGCGACGUCGCGUACCCUCAAGCGAUGGCGCUUCGCCGGCGGUAGGGUCGCACGGCGGCGCAGGUCGCAAGGGAGUCGCGCCUGUGAACGGGGGAGCGGGUAGGCUUGAUGCGGUCGGGGGAGAGGCGGAGCGGGCGCACGACGGCGGAAGAACCGCGCGGGUAGGGGAUGCGGAUGCGGAGGGCGGAAGCGUCAGGAAGCGAUUGCGCGGUGCAGGGCAUGCGGCGGGGGAAGGGCGGGCGCGGAAUGAGGGGGGCGCGGAGGGGAGCGGGGCGGGGCGGUCGGACGUGUCUCAGUUCCUGCGGUCGUGGGUGUGGAAGCGCGAGGGCAAGCCUGACGUCGACCGCUUCGACCGCCCAUACCAGCACACCAUCGCGCGUCCCUUCUGCGCGCUGCACCCCGCGCGCUGCGACGCGCUGCCAUCCUCGCAGACGUCCGCACAACCGCAGCGCGCGCAGCCCCACGCCGCGCCGCAGGCCGCCUCCCCCGACGCAGCUGCGUCUCGCCCAUGCGUGUGCGAGCAGGCGCGCGUGGUGACGAUUGCGCAGCAGCGCUUCGGACCGCUGGGAUUCGCGUCCACUGUGUGGGACAGCUCUAUAGUGGCGGGCAAGUUCCUGGAGCGCCACGCUCACCUGGUGCACGGCAAGACGUGCAUCGAACUCGGUGCUGGCUGCGGCCUGCUCGGCAUAACGCUGGCAGUGCUGGGGGCACGGGCAGUGGUGGUGACGGACAUGCCAGGCAACCUGCCGCUGCUGCACCGCAACGUGCAGGCUAACGCACUGCACCACACCGUGCACGUGCACGCCCUGCGCUGGGGGAACACCCAGGAUGCUUUCGCACUCUCUGUACCUGCUGCUGUCGCCUCGUCCUCAUCCCCCUCUCCCUGCUCCACAUCCCAUGAUGCGGCCAUCUCCUGUCCGGAUUCAUCCCCCAUUUCUCCCAACACACUACUCCACACCAACACUGCCACCCCCACCACUGCCACCCCCACCACACCAGCAACCCCCCCCAAUCCCUCCUCUCACCCGCCAACGUUCGACCUAAUAGUGGCAACAGACGUGGUGUAUGACCACGGAGCAGUGGCGCCCCUGGUGGCCACGCUCGCCAUGCUCUGCGCCCCGCACUCCUCCGUGCUCCUUGCCCACGGCCGCAACCGCCAGGCGCUGCCCGAGUUCCUCAGGCUGGCGGGGGAGCGGUUUCAGGUGAAGGCAGUGGCGUGGGAGGACCUGGAUGAGACGUACCGGUGUGAGGACGUGCAGGCGCUGCUAGAGUUCCUCCUCAAGGAGAUGACAGAGCGGGUUUGGGCCCUGGCAGAGUUCCUCCUCAAGGUGCUGCAGGAGCGGGUUUGGGUGAGGGCGGUGGCAUGGGAUAGCCUGCAUGAGACGUACCGGUGUGAGGACACGCAGCCUUUACCCAUCCUCCCUGCACCCGGACUGCCUGCCUCCCUUCACACACUGCACCACCUCUGCAAGCAGGCCUUCCUUCCCCGCCGCCCAGACCAUGCUCUCCCCCCACUGAAUGCCCCCUUGCAUGCUGCUCGCAUGCUGCUGUCGCAGCCCACACCCCAAAAAUACCCCCCAGCUAACCAGCCAUAG